AUGUCCCGCUUCUUAGACAGCAUUUCCACCAUCAUCAGCGUCUUCCACAAGCAGGCCCAGGACGAUGGGGGCUCCUCCACCCUCAGCAGGAGCAGGAUGAAGGAAUUCAUCCAGAGGGAGUUUGCAGAUGCCCUCGUUAGGCCGCACGACCCUCAGACAAUCGAGAAGAUCCUGCAGUUCCUGGAGUGGGAUGGCGACGGGGACAUCGAUUUUAACGAGUUCCUCCUCUUGGUGUUCAGGGUGGCCAAGUGCUGCUACUGCUACCUGCCCAGGGCGCCGUACCUGGUGCAGAGAACAAAGCUCACAGCCGGCGGCAAGACACUCCGAGAGCCCGAAAUUCGGAACAGAGGGAGCCGCCGGCAGCUCCAGGGGGAGGAGCAGAGCUGUGAGAGGAACCGCCCCUGCGAGCCAGAGCUGCAACGAGACCCCAGGGUCAGCGAGCUUGAAACACCCGAGGAAACAAGGAGGGAUCAGCAGCUCAGGGGUGGCAGAGCCCAGGAAGGUGAGCUGGGAGUGCUGGUGGGAGAGAGGGAAGAACGGGAGGGCUCCCGGCGGGAAGAAGUGGCAGACGUGCGGAUUCGCAGCCGGAGCUCCGAAGCUCGACCGCGGCCCGACCGGUGGAGUGGCCGUGGGCCACAGGAGCCAGAAGGACCAGCCUGUGAUGAAAGAAACCAGAGGCCACGGGGAGCAGAUGGAGGAAGUGACAACCGGCCACGCCGAUCUGGAUUGCUCAGAGAAGAGAGAAGCCGCUACCACCAACAGGAGCUGGAACAAAGGGCGCUGGAACGGAGCAGCCACCGGGAACGUGGGGAGUGCCUGGACUUGAGACACCCACAUCAGUCAUACAUCGAGGAACCGCUAGACCUUGACCUCAGGGGCCGUGAUAGGGCUGAGCCAGAGGAACGUGAGCUGGAACAAAGGGCGCUGGAACGGAGCAGCCACCGGGAACGUGGGGAGUGCCUGGACUUGAGACACCCACAUCAGUCAUACAUCGAGGAACCGCUAGACCUUGACCUCAGGGGCCGUGAUAGGGCUGAGCCAGAGGAACGUGUCCGUGAACAAAGAGCAAACCAGGAGCGAGAGGCGGAAUACGCAGAGAGGGAAAGAGAGAUCCGUGAGGAACAGGAGUGGGAAGAACAAGAUGAUCCAAGAAGAAGAAGAAGACUGAGGGAGAGGAGGGUUGAUCGCCAAGAGGAGCUGGAUGUGGAGGUCUCUGAGCGCCGCCGCCGCCAGAUAAGGGACAGGGAGGAGAGAGGGGUUAUCAUUGACCAGAGAGAGAGACGGGAGCUGGAAGGUGAUGGAAGGAGAGAACGUGAGUCAGUGAGGUACGAAAGAAAAAGAGAGACCAGAGUAGCAGAAGCAGAAGCUGAUGUGAAAAGAAACAGAGAAAUCCGUGAAUUGGAGCCCCGUGAGGAGCUCAGAAGGAGGGAACGUCCCUGUGAGCGUGAGGAGGAAGAGAGGAGGAUUCUCCGGGAAAGAGAGAGGGAAGAGCCCGUUCUGGAGAGGAAGAUCGAUCGCCAAAGGGACAUGGAGCUGGAGGUCUCUGAGCGCCGCAUCCGCCAGACAAGGGACAGGGAGGAGAGAGGGGUCAUCAUUGACCAGAGAGAGACCCGGGAGCUGGAAGGUGAUGGAAGAAGGGAACGUGAGUCAGUGAGGUACGAAAGGACAAGAGAGUCCCGGGUGGCAGAAGCAGAAGCUGAUGUGAAAAUCCACAGAGAAAUCCGUGAACUGGAGCCAAGGGAGGAGCUCAGAAGGAGAGAACGUCCCUGUGAGCGUGAAGCGGAAGAGAGAAGGAUUCUCCAGAGAAGAGAGAGGGAAGAGCCCGUUCUGGAGAGGAAGAUCGAUCACCAAAGGGAGCUGGAGCUGGAGGUCUCAGAGCGCCGCAUCCGCCAGACACGGGACAGGGAGGAGAGAGGGGUCAUCAUCGACCAGAGAGAGACCCGUGAGCUGGAAGGUGAUGGAAGGAGAGAACGUGAGUCAGUGAGGUAUGAAAGGACACGGGAGAGCAGAGUAGCAGAAGCAGAGGCUGACGUGAAAAUCCACAGAGAGAUCCGUGAACUGGAGCCAAGGGAGGAGAUAAGAAGGAGAGAACAGCUGGAGCUGGAUAUCUCUGAGCGUCGCAGCCGCCAGACACGGGACAGGGAGGAGAGAGGGGUCAUCAUCGACCAGAGAGAGAGAAGGGAGCUGGAAGGUGAUGGAAGAAGGGAACGUGAGUCAGUGAGGUAUGAAAGGACAAGAGAGUCCCGGGUGGCAGAAGCAGAAGCUGAUGUGAAAAUAAACAGAGAAAUCCGUGAAUUGGAGCCCCGUGAGGAGCUCAGAAGGAGGGAACGUCCCUGUGAGCGUGAAGAGGAAGAGAGAAGGAUUCUCCAGAGAAGAGAGAGGGAAGAGCCUGUUCUGGAGAGGAAGAUCGAUCGCCAAAGAGAGCUUGAUAUCGCUGAGCGCCGCAUCCGCCAGACACGGGACAGGGAGGAGAGAGGGGUCAUCAUCGACCAGAGAGAGAGAAGGGAGCUGGAAGGUGAUGGAAGGAGAGAACGUGAGUCAGUGAGGUAUGAAAGGACACGGGAGAGCAGAGAAGCAGAAGCAGAAGCUGAUGUGAAAAUCCACAGAGAGAUCCAUGAAUUGGAGCCCCGUGAGGAGCUCAGAAGGAGGGAACGUCCCUGUGAGCGUGAGGAGGAAGAGAGGAGGAUUCUCCAGAGAAGAGAGAGGGAAGAGCCUGUGCUGGAGAGGAAGAUCGAUCGUCAAAGGGACCUGGAGCUGGAGGUCUCUGAGCGCCGCAUCCGCCAGACACGGGACAGGGAAGAGAGAGGGGUCAUCAUCGACCAAAGAGAGACACGGGAGCUGGAAGGUGAUGGAAGAAGGGAACGUGAGUCAGUGAGGUAUGAAAGGACAAGAGAGUCCCGGGUGGCAGAAGCAGAAGCUGAUGUAAAAAUCCACAGAGAGAUCCGUGAAUUGGAGCCCCGUGAGGAGAUAAGAAGGAGAGAACGUCCCUGUGAGCGUGAGGAGGAAGAGAGGAGGAUUCUCCGUGGAAGAGAGAGGGAAGAGCCCGUUCUAAAGACAAGGAUCGAUCACCAACGGGACAGGGAGCUCGAUAUCUCUGAGCGUCGCAUCCGCCAGAUAAGGGAUAGGGAGGAGAGAGGGGUCAUCACUGACCGGAGAGAGACACGGGAGCUGGAAGGUGAUGGAAGGAGAGAACGUGAGUCAGUGAGGUAUGAAAGAAAAAGAGAGACCAGAGUAGCAGAAGCAGAAGCUGAUGUGAAAAUCCACAGAGAGAUCCGUGAAUUGGAGCCCUGUGAGGAGAUAAGAAGGAGGGAACGUCCCUGUGAGCGUGAAGAGGAAGAGAGGAGGAUUCUCCGGGGAAGAGAGAGGGAAGAGCCCGUUCUGGAGAGGAAGAUCGAUCGCCAAAGAGAGCUUGAUAUCGCUGAGCGCCGCAUCCGCCAGACACGGGACAGGGAGGAGAGAGGGGUCAUCAUCAACCAGAGAGAGAGAAGGGAGCUGGAAGGUGAUGGAAGGAGAGAACGUGAGUCAGUGAGGUAUGAAAGAAAAAGAGAGACCAGAGAAGCAGAAGCAGAAGCUGAUGUGAAGGUCCACAGAGAAAUCCGUGAAUUGGAGCCCCGUGAGGAGCUCAGAAGGAGGGAACGUCCCUGUGAGCGUGAGGAGGAAGAGAGGAGGAUUCUCCGGGGAAGAGAGAGGGAAGAGCCCAUUCUGGAGAGGAAGAUCGAUCGCCAACGAGAGCUGGAUAUCGCUGAGCGCCGCAUCCGCCAGACACGGGACAGGGAGGAGAGAGGGGUCAUCAUCGACCAGAGAGAGAGAAGGGAGCUGGAAGGUGAUGGAAGGAGNACCACCAACAGGAGCUGGAACAAAGGGCGCUGGAACGGAGCAGCCACCGGGAACCCAGAGGAACGUGUCCGUGAACAAAGAGCAAACCAGGAGCGAGAGGUGGAAUACGCAGAGAGGGAAAGAGAGGUCCGUGAGGAACAGGAGUGGGAAGAACAAGAUGACCCAAGAAGAAGAAGAAGACUGAGGGAGAGGAGGGUCGAUCACCAAGAGGAGCUGGAGCUGGAGGUCUCUGAGCGCUGCAUUCGCCAGACACGGGACAGGGAGGAGAGAGGGGUCAUCAUCGACCGGAGAGAGAGAAGGGAGCUGGAAGGUGAUGGAAGGAGAGAACGUGAGUCAGUGAGGUAUGAAAGGACACAGGAGAGCAGAGAAGCAGAAACAGAAGCUGAUGUGAAGGUCCACAGAGAAAUCCGUGAAUUGGAGCCAAGGGAGGAGCUCAGAAGGAGGGAACGUCCCUGUGAGCGUGAGGAGGAAGAGAGGAGGAUUCUCCAGAGAAGAGAGAGGGAAGAGCCUGUUCUGGAGAGGAAGAUCGAUCGCCAACGAGAGCUGGAGGUCUCUGAGCGCCGCAGCCGCCAGACAAGGGAUAGAGAGGAGAGAGGGGUCAUCAUCGACCAAAGAGAGACACGGGAGCUGGAAGGUGAUGGAAGGAGAGAACGUGAGUCAGUGAGGUAUGAAAGGACACAGGAGAGCAGAGUAGCAGAAGCAGAAGCUGAUGUAAAAAUCCACAGAGAGAUCCGUGAACUGGAACCCCGUGAGGAGCUCAGAAGGAGAGAACGUCCCUGUGAGCGUGAGGAGGAAGAGAGGAGGAUUCUCCGGGGAAGAGAGAGGGAAGAGCCCGUUCUGGAGAGGAAGAUCGAUCGCCAAAGAGAGCUUGAUAUCGCUGAGCGCCGCAUCCGCCAGACACGGGACAGGGAGGAGAGAGGGGUCAUCAUCGACCGGAGAGAGAGAAGGGAGCUGGAAGGUGAUGGAAGGAGAGAACGUGAGUCAGUGAGGUAUGAAAGAAAAAGAGAGAGCAGAGUAGCAGAAGCAGAAGCUGAUGUGAAAAUUCACAGAGAGAUCCGUGAAUUGGAGCCAAGGGAGGAGAUAAGAAGGAGAGAACGUCCCCGUGAGCGUGAGGAGGAAGAGAGGAGGAUUCUCCGUGGAAGAGAGAGGGAAGAGCCUGUGUUGGAGAGGAAGAUCGAUCACCAAAGGGAGCUGGAGCUGGAUAUCUCUGAGCGCCACAUCCGCCAGACAAGGGACAAGGAGGAGAGAGGGGUCAUCACUGACCGGAGAGAGACACGGGAGCUGGAAGGUGAUGGAAGAAGGGAACGUGAGUCAGUGAGGUAUGAAAGGACACGGGAGAGCAGAGAAGCAGAAACAGAAGCUGGUGUGAAGGUCCACAGAGAAAUCCGUGAAUUGGAGCCAAGGGAGGAGCUCAGAAGGAGGGAACGUCCCUGUGAGCGUGAGGAGGAAGAGAGGAGGAUUCUCCGGGAAAGAGAGAGGGAAGAGCCCAUUCUGGAGAGGAAGAUCGAUCGCCAAAGAGACCUGGAGCUGGAUAUCUCUGAGCGCCGCAUCCGCCAGACACGGGACAGGGAGGAGAGAGGGGUCAUCAUUGACCAGAGAGAGACACGGGAGCUGGAAGGUGAUGGAAGGAGAGAACGUGAGUCAGUGAGGUAUGAAAGAAAAAGAGAGAGCAGAGUAGCAGAAGCAGAAGCUGAUGUGAAAAUCCACAGAGACAUCUGUGAACUGGAGCCAAGGGAGGAGAUAAGAAGGAGAGAACGUCCCUGUGAGCGUGAGGAGGAAGAGAGGAGGAUUCUCCGGGAAAGAGAGAGGGAAGAGCCCAUUGUGGAGAGGAAGAUCGAUCGCCAAAGAGAGCUUGAUAUCGCUGAGCGCCGCAUCCGCCAGACACGGGACAGGGAGGAGAGAGGGGUCAUCAUUGACCAAAGAGAGACACGGGAGCUGGAAGAUGAUGGAAGAAGGGAACGUGAGUCAGUGAGGUAUGAAAGGACAAGAGAGUCCCGUGUGGCAGAAGCAGAAGCUGAUGUGAAAAUUCACAGAGAGAUCCGUGAAUUGGAGGACCUGGAGCUGGAGGUCUCUGAGCGCCGCAGCCGCCAGACACGGGACAGGGAGGAGAGAGGGGUCAUCACUGACCGGAGAGAGAGAAGGGAGCUGGAAGGUGAUGGAAGGAGAGAACGUGAGUCAGUGAGGUAUGAAAGGACACGGGAGAGCAGAGAAGCAGAAGCAGAAGCUGAUGUGAAGGUCCACAGAGAGAUCCGUGAAUUGGAGCCAAGGGAGGAGCUCAGAAGGAGGGAACGUCCCUGUGAGCGUGAAGAGGAAGAGAGGAGGAUUCUCCAGAGAAGAGAGAGGGAAGAGCCCGUUGUGGAGAGGAAGAUCGAUCGCCAAAGAGACCUGGAGCUGGAUAUCUCUGAGCGCCGCAUCCGCCAGACACGGGACAGGGAGGAGAGAGGGGUCAUCAUUGACCAGAGAGAGACACGGGAGCUGGAAGGUGAUGGAAGGAGAGAACGUGAGUCAGUGAGGUAUGAAAGGACAAGAGAGAGCAGAGUAGCAGCAGCAGAAGCUGAUGUGAAAAUGAACAGAGAAAUCCGUGAACUGGAGCCCCGUGAGGAGAUAAGAAGGAGGGAACGUCCCUGUGAGCAGCGCCGCAUCCGCCAGACACGGGACAGGGAGGAGAGAGGGGUCAUCAUCGACCAGAGAGAGAUCCGGGAGCUGGAAGGUGAUGGAAGGAGAGAACGUGAGUCAGUGAGGUACGAAAGGACAAGAGAGUCCCGGGUGGCAGAAGCAGAAGCUGAUGUGAAGGUCCACAGAGAGAUCCGUGAACUGGAGCCAAGGGAGGAGCUCAGAAGGAGGGAACGUCCCUGUGAGCGUGAAGAGGAAGAGAGGAGGAUUCUCCAGGGAAGAGAGAGGGAAGAGCCCGUUCUGGAGAGGAAGAUCGAUCGCCAACGAGAGCUGGAGUUGGAUCUCUCAGAGCGCCGCAUCCGCCAGAUAAGGGACAGGGAGGAGAGAGGGGUCAUCAUCGACCGGAGAGAGAGAAGGGAGCUGGAAGGUGAUGGAAGGAGAGAACGUGAGUCAGUGAGGUAUGAAAGAAAAGGAAGAGAGAGGGAAGAGCCCGUUGUGGAGAGGAAGAUCGAUCGCCAACGAGAGCUGGAGCUGGAUAUCGCUGAGCGCCGCGUCCGCCAGACACGGGACAGGGAGGAGAGAGGGGUCAUCACUGACCGGAGAGAGACCCGUGAGGUGGAAGGUGAUGGAAGGAGAGAACGUGAGUCAGUGAGGUACGAAAGGACAAGAGAGAGCAGAGUAGCAGAAGCAGAGGCUGACGUGAAAAUAAACAGAGAAAUCCUUGAAUUGGAGCCCCAGAGGGAAGAGCCCGUUGUGGAGAGGAAGAUCGAUCGCCAAAGAGAGCUUGAUAUCGCUGAGCGCCGCAUCCGCCAGACACGGGACAGGGAGGAGAGAGGGGUCAUCAUUGACCAAAGAGAGACACGGGAGCUGGAAGAUGAUGGAAGAAGGGAACGUGAGUCAGUGAGGUAUGAAAGGACAAGAGAGUCCCGGGUGGCAGAAGCAGAAGCUGAUGUGAAGGUCCACAGAGAGAUCCGUGAACUGGAGCCAAGGGAGGAGCUCAGAAGGAGGGAACGUCCCUGUGAGCGUGAAGCGGAAGAGAGGAGGAUUCUCCAGGGAAGAGAGAGGGAAGAGCCCGUUGUGGAGAGGAAGAUCGAUCGCCAAAGAGACCUGGAGCUGGAUAUCUCUGAGCGCCGCAUCCGCCAGACACGGGACAGGGAGGAGAGAGGGGUCAUCAUCGACCAGAGAGAGACCUGUGAGCUGGAAGGUGAUGGAAGGAGAGAACGUGAAUCAGUGAGGUAUGAAAGGAAAAGAGAGAGCAGAGUAGCAGAAGCAGAAGCUGAUGUGAAAAUGAACAGAGAAAUCCGUGAACUGGAGCCCCAGCUUGAUAUCGCUGAGCGCCGCAUCCGCCAGACAAGGGAUAGAGAGGAGAGAGGGGUCAUCAUCGACCAAAGAGAGACCCGGGAGCUGGAAGGUGAUGGAAGGAGAGAACGUGAGUCAGUGAGGUAUGAAAGGACACAGGAGAGCAGAGUAGCAGAAGCAGAAGCUGAUGUAAAAAUCCACAGAGAGAUCCGUGAACUGGAACCCCGUGAGGAGCUCAGAAGGAGAGAACGUCCCUGUGAGCGUGAAGAGGAAGAGAGAAGGAUUCUCCGUGGAAGAGAGAGGGAAGAGCCCGUUGUGAAGAGGAAGAUCGAUCGCCAAAGGGACCUGGAGCUGGAGGUCUCUGAGCGCCGCAGCCGCCAGACACGGGACAGGGAGGAGAGAGGGGUCAUCAUCGACCGGAGAGAGACCCGUGAGGAGGCCAUACUGGAGGUCCUCGAAGAAGAGGAGGAGGUGGAUGAAGGAGAAAACCUCUACCAAACCGUGGAGGUGGACAACAGAGACCUCUGCCCCCCAGGCGAGGAAGGGCCUGUGAGUGACCUGAGGGUCCGCUACGUCCCAGCCGACCCCGCGGAGCGGCCGGAGGUGCGGGUGGUCCCCCAGCCCUGCGAGCCCCAGACCAUCGCCUACCUGGUGCACGUGCUGCAGAACGGGAGUGACGCCAGCGCCGCCACCUACGAGAUUGUCUGUCACCAGCCUGACAACCCGGGCCAGCCCCUCUGCGUCAGGAAGUGCUACGUGUCCGCCAAACCACCGACCGUCCCCCGCGACAGGAGCGGCCGCCCGGAGCCGCCACCCCGGGGGGACGAGAGAGAAAGUGGGGAGCCCCAAGUGCCACCUUCCAGCUGCCAGGAAAACACGAGGGAUCUGGGUGGGGAGAGAGCUAGGGCAGGGGUGAAGGAAGGAGCCCCCCAGGCCUGCGAGGCGGAUGCUGUGAAAGGCGACCCUCGCAGGGCGAAGACCAAGGAGAUCCUCGACACGCCAAAGAAUCAGCCCCAGGGAGAUGGAUCGAAAGCUGCCAGGGAGAAGGUCCCACGGGAGCCAGGAUCCAGCUGCCAGGUGAGGGAGCGUGAGGACAGGAAGGCCAAGAGCUGCCCACCUCUGCUCCAGGCUCCGGAGCCGCGGGAAGCUCGUGAGUCAGAGCGGCGAGACGCCGACGAGAGCCGUGCCCGCGCGCCCUGGAGAGAAGAGACCGGCCGCGUCCGCCAGGACGUCGAGCUUCUCCCACCAGAAAAGAGCUGCCAGGAGGAGACCUGCAAGAGGAGCCCCCGGCAAGCCGGGGAUUCCCAACUUCCACGGGAGGAGGAGCCGCGUCCUGGCACCAAGCAGAGCCAGGGAGGCCUCCUGAUCUCCCAGGAGGAACCGAGUCGUCCCGCGGGGGGUGAAGCCAAAGAGUCUUAA